AUGGAGACCAUGGCAAGCCCAGGGAAAGACAAUUAUCGAAUGAAGAGCUAUAAGAACAAUGCCCUCAAUCCUGAGGAAAUGAGGCGAAGAAGAGAGGAAGAGGGCAUUCAGCUUCGAAAGCAGAAGCGGGAGCAACAACUGUUUAAACGGAGAAAUGUGGAGAUGAUUAAUGAAGAAGCUGCCAUGUUCGAUAGUCUCCUCAUGGACUCCUAUGUGAGCUCUACCACUGGGGAGAGUGUGAUCACAAGAGAGAUGGUAGAGAUGCUCUUUUCUGAUGACUCUGACCUGCAGUUAGCAACCACACAGAAAUUCCGGAAACUGCUCUCUAAAGAGCCUAGCCCUCCAAUAGAUGAAGUUAUCAACACGCCAGGGGUGGUGGAUCGGUUUGUGGAGUUUCUGAAGAGGAAUGAGAAUUGUACAUUACAGUUUGAAGCUGCCUGGGCUCUAACGAACAUUGCCUCUGGAACCUCUCAGCAGACCAAAAUCGUCAUUGAAGCAGGGGCUGUUCCCAUUUUUAUAGAGCUGCUUAACUCGGACUUUGAGGAUGUACAGGAACAGGCAGUCUGGGCACUGGGAAACAUAGCUGGAGACAGCUCCGUUUGCCGGGAUUACGUCUUGAACUGUUCCAUCCUUAAUCCUUUGUUAACGCUCCUUACAAAAUCCACACGAUUGACAAUGACACGGAAUGCAGUCUGGGCCCUGUCAAACCUCUGUCGAGGGAAGAACCCACCUCCAGAGUUUGCAAUGGUCUCCCCUUGUUUGCCUGUGCUGUCACGCCUACUCUUCAGCAGUGACUCAGAUUUGCUGGCAGAUGCUUGCUGGGCCCUUUCUUAUUUGUCUGAUGGCCCCAAUGAGAAGAUCCAGGCAGUCAUAGACUCUGGAGUCUGCAGGAGAUUGGUAGAGCUUCUAAUGCAUAAUGAUUACAAAGUGGCUUCUCCUGCCCUGAGAGCUGUGGGUAACAUCGUCACUGGGGAUGAUAUCCAAACCCAGGUCAUUCUCAACUGUUCAGCACUCCCUUGCCUCCUCCACUUGCUGAGCAGCCCCAAGGAGUCAAUUCGGAAAGAAGCUUGCUGGACUAUUUCAAAUAUCACUGCUGGCAACAGGGCUCAAAUACAGGCUGUCAUAGAUACAAACAUCUUCCCUGUGCUCAUCGAAAUUCUUCAGAAAGCAGAGUUCCGUACACGGAAAGAGGCAGCCUGGGCUAUCACCAAUGCCACAUCUGGAGGAACCCCUGAGCAGAUCAGGUACCUGGUAUCAUUGGGUUGCAUCAAACCCCUUUGUGACUUGCUGACUGUAAUGGAUUCAAAGAUUGUUCAAGUGGCCCUCAAUGGACUGGAGAAUAUCCUUCGGCUUGGAGAGCAAGAGAGCAAGCGCAGUGGCUCAGGAGUAAAUCCCUACUGUGGCCUCAUCGAAGAAGCCUAUGGCUUGGAUAAGAUUGAAUUUCUCCAGAGCCACGAGAACCAGGACAUCUACCAGAAGGCCUUCGACCUCAUUGAGCACUACUUCGGAGUCGAAGAUGAUGACAGCAGCCUGGCUCCCCAAGUGGAUGAAACGCAACAGCAGUUCAUCUUCCAGCAGCCUGAGGCCCCCAUGGAGGGCUUCCAGCUAUAA